AAAGAAGAUAAUCUCACCUCUUCAUUUCUGUGUCUCCGGUGUGCGAUCAUUGAGGAUAAUGGCCCCUUCAAUCAAAGUUAAACCCAUCUUCGUUACCCUAUUAUACGCUACUUUCCAUCUCUCCGCCGUCGCAUCAAAAUCGGCGGAUCCGUCUCCGGUCCCCUGGCCUCCUCAAUUCCACUCAAUCCUCUUCAUGAACAACAGCAAAGGAAACCUCCAGAAAGUGGACCUCUGGUACGACUGGAACAACGGCCGCAACUUCAACAUAAUCCAGAACCAGCUCGGCAAGCUCACUUACGAUCUCGAAUGGGACAACGGCACCUCUUACGUCUACACCCUCGACUCCAAUCGAGAGUGCCGGACCGUACAUUUUCCCGUCGGAAUUCUUCGUCCAAAUUGGCUCGACGGGGCCAAUUAUCUCGGGCAACAACACGUCGACGGGUUCCUCUGCAACGUUUGGGAGAAGGUGGACUUCAUUUGGUACUAUGAGGAUGUGGUAACCAAGAGACCUGUUCACUGGGUCUUCUUCACAGGAAUGGUGGCUCAUGUGAUGACAUUUGAGGUGGGAGCAGUGCUUGAGGAUGCGGAGUGGCAGGCACCUGUAUACUGUUUUGGGGAGGCUGAGAAUGAGAAGAGACCUGUAAUUCAAUCCGGGGUUAGUGUUGGUGGUGAUAUGGGGCUGAUGAAAGGGUUCUUCAGUUCCUCCGUGGCACAGUGAUUGAUAAUUCCAUUUCAUUUUUGUGCCUAAAGUUAGUGCUACUGCUAGCUGCUACUUAGUUAAUGCAGUGCAGAGGUUACAAUGUUGGUAUAUGUUAAUGUUUAUGAAGUGAUUCAUCAUCCAAUUUCUUUUACGAGUUUUUGUCUUGAUCUUAAAAUCAAGGAUUUUGAGGUUUGUGAGUAUUGGUAUUAUCUUUUCAUGCUUGUUUUCUUCAUGCUAUAAAAAGCUGUCUAUGCU